CACGCCCCUUCUUCUGAGAGAUUUUCCGCAUUUCCUUCAGCAGAUUCCUUUUCCGGUACAUCAUGGCGCCCCCCACUCCACUUUUAGCAGUCCGGGGCUCGGACGGGACGUCACUGCUCCGCGGACCACCAGCCUGUGAGGAAAACGCUAGUUUUGAAAGGGACACCCGGCAAGGUAAAUAUCAGGAUUUCAGCAAAGAUGGGACAUUGUUUGCAUGGUGCAAUGGCGAAAAGGUGAGCGUGGUGAAGACUUCCGAUGGCUCGCCAGUUCGGUCGUUUGAUCUCCCCAAGACCUCCAUGUUGGAGUUCUCUCCUCUCAACUCUGUACUGGCCACCUGGCAACCGUACAGCAAAACCCAGGACAACCCUCAAGGAGAUGCCAACUUGCAGUUGUGGGAUCUGCAGAAUGGAGCCUGUCUCAAAGCCUUCUAUCAGAAGAAGGUGCAGGGCUGGUGUCCCAGCUGGACAGAUGACGAGAAGAUUGCUGUCAGGAGUGUCAACAACGAACUGCACUUCUUCGAAAACAAUGACUUUGGAACUAUCGCCAAUAAACUUCACUUGCAGAAAGUAUCAGAGUUUGAGUUGUCUCCAGGAGCACAGCCCAGCAAGGUGGCUGUCUACGUCCCUGGCAGCAAGGGAGCGCCCUCUUUCGUCCGUCUGUAUCAGUACCCUAACUUCGGCGGCCCCACCUCGGCACUCGCCAACAAGAGCUUCUUCAAAUCAGACAGAGUUGCUAUGCUGUGGAACAAAAAAGCCACGGCCGUGCUGGUCACAGCCAGUACGGAGGUGGAUAAGACCGGGGCGUCGUACUACGGAGAGCAGACCCUGCACUACCUAGCUGUAAACGGAGAGACCGCCGCAGUGCAGCUGUCUAAGAAUGGGCCCAUCUACGACGUGGCGUGGAGCCCCUCCUCCUCAGAGUUCUGUGUGGUGUAUGGCUUCAUGCCCGCCAAGGCCACUGUCUUCAACCACAAGUGCGACCCAGUGUUCGACUUUGGGACGGGUCCCAGGAACGCGGUCUUCUACAGCCCCCAGGGCCACAUCCUGGUGCUGGCCGGCUUCGGGAACCUCCAGGGCCAGAUGGAGGUGUGGGACGUCAAGAAGUACAAGCAGGUGUGCAAACCCCAGGCGGCUAACUCCACCCACUUCUCCUGGAGCCCUGACGGCGAGCACGUCGUCACGGCGACCUGCUCUCCCAGGCUGCGGGUCAGCAACGGCUACAAGAUCUGGCACUACACCGGCACCGUUCUCUACAAGCAAGACACGCCCCCGGGGGCGGAGCUCUGGGAGGUGCUAUGGCAACCGUUCCCUGAGGGGGUGUUCCCCGAGAGGCCGGUGAAGUACCAGGCGGCACCCAGCGAGCUGGGAACCACGGAAACCAAGCCGGCCCAGGCAUACCGGCCACCAGCGCUGCGGAACAAGCCUGUUACCGCCAGCUCCAAACUGCAUGAGGAGGAGCCUCCUCAGGACAUGAGGCCUGGAGCCACGGGAGACAAGCCUCUCUCCAAGACGGCUCUGAAGAACCAGAAGAAACGAGAGGCUAAGAAGGCAGCCAAACAGGAAACCAAGCCAGAGCUCCCAGAAGCCCAGUCUGAGCCCAAGUCUGAGUCCUGCCCGGCCAGCAGCACCCAGCCCACCUCUGGUGACCCCGAGCUCGACAAGAAGAUCAAAAACCUGAAGAAGAAACUGAAAGCUAUAGAUGAACUGAAAGAACAGCAGUCAUCUGGGAAACCCAUGCAGAAAAAUCAGCUUGACAAGAUGGAGAAGGAGGCGCAGUUGUUGAAAGAACUGGAGGAUCUGGAGUUAGGAGACUAGAACCUGGCCUCUUGGGUUCAGGAUACAAACAGUUCAGAGCCACUCAUCAAAUAACAGACAGUUUGGACGCAUCUGGGAUGGUUCUGACCAAUGCACUCACAACACACAUUUCACGUAAUGUCUCUUUUCUUAACCAUAAUCAUUCUUUUGAGCCGUAUUCCCAAGAAUUAAACAAAAUACCAUCCAAGGUACUAUUGCUAUGCAAUGUAUGUACAGAUUUAAAAGCCAACCAGGCUCUGUGGUGUUCAGAAUUGGAUUGUACAUAUCCAUUUAAAACUAUUUUUUUCCAGCAGUCAAUUUGAAAACUACAUUAACGCUUGUUUGAACACAAUAAAUUGUUCACAUUUCCUGAAAGCAAAACUUUUUUUGGUGUCA